CUCUGUUCUGUUGAAAGUUUGAAAGGUUUCGGAGCAAAAUCAUCCAGGCCACCUACAGUACGCCCGGCACCAAGUCUCCGCAGGCAGAAAUCACAGACGAUGAGGUUUUAGAGGCCCUGCAGGCUCUGUCUUUCAGAAAAUAAUCACCGACCGUCUUGACUUCCACCAGUUGCUGAAACAGAAGGGGGUGAAAGUCCCAUCGCUCAGCUCCGAACCUGCCCCACCACCUACCCAUAAGAAAAAAACAGGCAAAUAGGAACCCCCCCUUUUUUUUAACACAAAAGCAACCAUGUCCUGCAUUCUUGUCCUACUCCCGAGCUGUUCCUUUUUCCUGUCCCCAAUUAAACGAUUGCACUUGCAUUUUUUUCUUUUCUCGUACAUCUCGUCAAUGUGAAUAAGUAGGCAGUGGUCAGUUGAGAGAGCUCUAAAUCUAUCCCAUAAUUUUGUCCAUGAAAUGUGGUUAAAACCCGGCUUGAAGCUGAUGAAUGCGGCUCGUGUGGCUUUGUUGAUUUCUCCACCAGAUAAAACUCUGGUUUGUGCUUCUAAGGUCUGCUUUUUUGUUAGAAUGAUCUGCAGCUCCAGCCAGCCUGUGAGGAAUCAGCUGCUGCAACCGUUUCAUGUUCUAGCUAUUUUUAACAGGAAGUUGGGGACACAACCCUGUUUGGGAAGCUGAUUGAGCAAAAGGCAGAUUGAUGCCUCCAAACAGAGUGUGUGAAAGUUCGGAGUUACUACAGAUCUGCAAACUUGUGCUAACCGAGAGGCGUCUUCAAACGUGUGAGUUGAAUCACAGAUUUGAGAGCGGGGAAAGCUCUUUAAUAUUGUUUUUCUCCAAUUUGUGCUAAUCAGGGUGCUUUUGAAGUGAGAGUCAAACUAAAAAGCAAAGGUUGAUGUAGAUAGAUCGAUCAAACUUUACGACAGCCAGAAGCCAGCAAAACAGAUAAACAACAAUACAGAGAAAUACAAAGAGAAAAUUAAAAUGUCGGAGAGUGGAAUUUGAUCUGUAGGGAGCAUCUUCUCUGGCCUUCUUAAAGCUAAGGAGCAAAUGGUAGUGACUUUCCCAGAAUUGUUGCCAGAAAAAUAAAAAUAAAAAUUUGGCAUAGGAGCACAUGUGCAAUAGUUUCAGUUUCCAGGGCUGCUCAUGGUAGAGUAGUGUGUGAAGACAGGAAGCUGCGACUCUCCCAUCAAGCAAGAUUGGAGCCAACUUAAACUGCAUUCCCCUAUGCUAGAAGGAACCCGACUCAGGAUAAGUUGGUAGAGAUCAUUUAAGGCAUUGUCCGUCUGUCCUGAGUGAUCCAAUAUAAAAAGCAUUAAGUCCAAAGGUGGGUCACUGGCAGCCUGGGAUCCCUCCCCCGUCCCCUCGGGCUCUCCUCUCUCCUGGCCACAUUUCCAAAAUUCAGCAUAAUGGCCCCAAAUGGACCCCCAGCAUUUGGAGACGUGGAAAAGUAACAUGAGUCUGAGAAAAGGGAGGGAGUUGAAAAAGUUGAGCCCCUUUCCGAAAAUGUAGCUCCCCUCUGAAAACAUGGAUGAUCCUGCUACUUGAGAUCUCCACCCCACUCCCUCUGAAACCCUCAUCCCCCAUUCAAAAGACCGAAUCCAGAUCAAAGGUAGAUGGCAUGAAUUUAUGAAUUUACCUUUAUGGUGGAGAACCAAUGUAGGGUAAUGUUUGUUACAUCAGGGACUAGGAUUAAAUCUGCCUUCAGCUGUGGAAGCUCACUGGCUGACUUCAGGCCUGUCAUGUCAACCCAACCGACUUUACAGGGUUGUUGGAAGAGGGGGGGCUACAUCACAUCUUGGCUACGUAGUCCUAGCUUAGGUGAGAUACCAGCUCAGAUUACAGUACUUCGGAAUUAUAUCUUGAUUUACUUUGGAAGUGCCCUUCUGUUCCAAAUUUUGCAGGCAGUAUAUUACAGUUAGUAAGGAAUAUAGCCAAGGUUGCUUUUUUUAAAAAGAAAAAUGCAGUUAGCAAUUAUGAAAUUUUGUCUGGAUCGAUGGGAAUGUCAAUCACCCACCAGACCAUGUUUCUUAUCCAUUGGAUCUUUUGCAAAGCAGUUGAUGGCUUAACCAUCUUCCCAGCCAGCCCAGUGAAGGAGUCUAGUGAAACUUCUUGGCCCCCACUUAUUUUAAAGCCGCAACAGAAAACAAAGAUCAAUUUGGUUUUAUUGGAAUUCUGAAUUUGGAGACGGUUGUCAAGAGAUACCUCCGUGUUUAAUUGUUUUCCCUGUUCUUUUUAACUAAGAAAGAACGAAACCACCCUUAACCCAACAUUGCAAAAUCAAGUUUGCGGUCCUAAAGAUUUCUUGGGUUUGUUUGCUGGGGGAAAUUUUGCUAAAGCAAGGGGGUCAUGCUUGGUUUAAUCGUUGCUCCCUCUGGACUGAGAAUGGAUCCUCAAACUGGAACUGGGCGUUGCACUGGGAAACGCUGCCAGGAGUCGACUCAGCUUGGGGGAUCUCUAGCCACGUGUUGGAUCUUUUCGUCCAGGUCUCUGUGACCAGCUGCUAGGACUCCCCCACGAUGCCGCUUAGAAAUGGCGAAUAGUGGUGGAACCCAGAACUGGAACCUUCAGAACCAUUUGAAAUGAAACGGACCUUUGUUGUUCGUGGGUGCUGACCCCAGGCGCCUGCGCGUUCCAACCCGACGCAGAUGGACCUGCCAUUGGCUUGCACACCUAGGUGACGGGAUGUGGGGUUUACAUGAAAAAGAGACACUUUAAAGAAAAUGCAGGCAGGUUUGCUGCCUCCUCCUCUCCUCUUCAUUGUACUCUCUGCCCUGCAGGGUGACAGCAUGAUUAAUGAUCCAUAUAAAGCAGAAUGCAUCCGCCAGAAAAUUCACUGCCACCCAAAAGCGAUCUGUCAACUCGAUGGGCUGUCUUCUGAGUUUUAUUGCCGUUGCUUGCCAGGCUACGACGGUGACGGGAUCAAUCUUUGCCGAGCCCCCACUUUCCACAUCACCGUUUCUGAUGCUUCUGUUUGUGACGAGUUUGGCGAGCAGGUUUGUCUUCUCCACGUGAAAGAGCCGAGUGUCACUUUCCACAUCUCCGUCUCGGCUUCCGCCACCCGCCGUUUGCCCACCGUGAGGUGGUACAAGUUCUAUACCGGUCAGAGCCCGCAGUUCCACAGCUAUCGACAACGGUUGGGAUCUGUUGGAAACAGGACUCUGAGGAUCAUGGUGGGCAACCACGGGCGCAUCCUGACACUCCUCUCCAUACAGGACGAUGAUUUUUACCCCAACCUUUUCUGGGCAGAAGUGAGGCUCCAUGCCCUGAUCCCCAAAGCUGUUGAAGUUGAAGCUUACGAGUUAACCCACUUUCAAAUGUUAAAUCCUUCCGGCCUGAGGUUCUAUUUUGCCCUUGAGGGGGCAUCAAUAGAGGUUGGACCCUUUUUGGAAGGAGAUACAGCGGUCCUCCGGUUGCCCGAGUACCUGGACCUCUCACCUUCCAGCUUCGUUCAGUGGAUCAAGGAACCGCGCCCGCUGACGUUGCUGGACAGCCAAGCUGUGGUCCUCGCCAACGAUGUAGAGGAGAUGGAGAUCAGCAGUUUAACGGAGUCCAGUUUUGGCCACGUCCGAGCCCUAGUCUAUGAUUUUAACUCUGAGGUUCCUGGGCGCGUCUUGGUGGCUGAGAGGCUGUUCUUAAUAAAAAAAGAUGUCAGCAAAACUUGUGUCGGGAGCCGGGAUGAAAAGAGCUGCCACUGUAACCCGGGAUUCGAAGGAAGUGGUGUGCAUUGUGUUGAUGUAAAUGAGUGCGAGAGAAAAACAGCUCUGAAGUGCCUGGCUGAGGCAGAGUGCAUCAACACGUACGGAUCGUAUUUCUGUCGCUGUCCCAAGGGCUUAGAAGGAGAUGGCCUACUCAGCUGCAUAGACAUCGAUGAAUGUACUAGAGGCACUCACAGCUGCAACCGAGGCGCGCUCUGUUUGAACACCCUGGGCUCCUACAUUUGCGCCUGCCAGAGCGGGUUUGUCGGCGAUGGCUUGCACUGUAAAGCCAAAAGCACCUGGUCGCCGUGGUCACCGUGGUCCCCCUGCUCCGUCACUUGCGGCUUCCAGAACCAGAUGCGGAUCCGUCAGUGCGCUCACGUGGAAAGCGGGAUGCGCUGCCUGGGCCCUUCGGCUGACCUCAAGCUGUGCCCUCACCUGCAGCCUUGCCCCACUGAUGGUGGCUGGUCAGUGUGGUCCCCCUGGUCGGUGUGUUUGGAGACGUGUUUGGGGAUCAAGAAACGGGUCCGGCUGUGCGACAGCCCUGCCCCUUCCAGGGGAGGUCUGCCUUGCAAAGGGGAGAAGGAGCAGCUCGGUUUAUGCCACGAAAGCCACUGUGCCGUUGACGGAGCGUGGUCUCCCUGGGCAUCGUGGACUCCCUGCCCCAUCUCCUGUGGACUAGGAGUCGUGCGACGGUCACGGCGGUGCAAUAACCCUUCACCAAAACACGGAGGAAGGAACUGUAGUGGCCAUGGCUACGAGGAAGGCACCUGUGGUUUUCCGGAGGCACUCUGCAAAUUUCUAGUGAAACCUUCUGGAUCCAUCAUACCUGGGAAGCUGAUUCAGAUCAGGAGCCAAACCUAAGAGUGAGCAUUUGCUGAUCGAUCCAGAAAUGCAAAUAGCAUCUGUAGCCUCGCUGGAAUCACACCUGCUCUUGUGGAUCGCCCGAAAGGUUCUCAAGGCCUUAAAGUAGGGACAGGUUUGCAGAAGACCCGGGUGCAAAGAAUCUCUUGGGAAGACACCUCCUUUUAAUUGUCCUUCACCGCACAGAUCCACUCCUGGAGGAGGGAGGGAGCAUGGAAUGGGCCUCCCUCCCCCCCACCCCCCACAUAUCAUGCAUAGCAACAUUGACCGUUUAUGGAUUUUGCCAAGGUUUGGAUAUUGUGCUUGGGAACGACAAGGAGUUUUCCAAGAGGAUGGGACCUGUAGUUGUUGGGGAAGCAAUCAGAGGCUGCGAUUGCUUCUGUGAUCAGUGAAAGGUAGAGACUUGAUGAAGAAUAUGAUUAAAAUGUAAUGGCCGUUGGAUCAACGUCUCCUUCAUUUUUGGUGAGUGGCUCUCUUUAGUUUUACACGAGUUUGUUUUGUAGGCUGAACUGUUUCCAAGGCGGGUGUAAUUAAAUUCUCGUUCGAGUACAAAUGACUCCUCCAUGUUGAAAGCUAGCUCCUCAGGGUGUAGUUAGAACUGUCACAUGGAUACCUAUUUUUUUUUUUCUUCGUCAGAGUGAAAUAACUCCUUCCAUCAAAUUCAGAACUAUGCGUGGCAGCUUUAAAGUUUAAAAAAAUA